AUGCGGUUCGCUCUUCUCGCUGGCCUGGCUUCUUUGGCCUCCUCGGUUUCCGCAACUGCCUUGACCUACAGGCUUGAGGCGAACGAGAAGGCAUGCUUCUUCACUAACGUUGAGCAGACAAACGCCAAAGUGGCUUUCUACUUUGCGGUCCAAUCUGGUGGCUCCUUCGAUGUUGACUACACUGUGACCGCACCGGGCGGAAAGAUCGUCAUGGAUGGAACCAAGGAACGCCAGGGUGAUUUUGUCUUCACAGCACAGAGUAUUGGCGAGUACCAGUUCUGCUUCAACAAUGAAAUGUCCACGUUUGCCGAGAAGAUGGUCGAUUUCGAGAUUGCCGUCGAGAACGAGCAACGUGCCCAACUCCCCUCCCGACAAGGCGCUAGCCCCGAACAAACCACCAACCUCGAGGAGUCCAUCUACAAGCUUUCUGCCCAAUUGUCGACCAUCUCUCGCAAUCAGAAGUACUUCCGCACUCGUGAGAACCGCAAUUUCAGUACCGUCCGCAGCACUGAGCGCCGGAUCUUUAAUUUUAGCGUGAUCGAGAGCUUGAUGAUGGUUUCUAUGGCCGCGUUGCAGGUCUUUGUGGUGCGCUUCUUUUUCCAGGGCGCGCGGAAGGGUUACGUGUGA